CGUCCUAACGGAGCGCACGUGCUUUUAACACUAUCCGCGUUCAUUCGAAUGUGUUGUAACAAUAAAAUGCUCGUGUUUGUUCUUUUUGUAUCCGGACUGAUAUCAUACGUUUCGCCAGAAAGCUGCUUCUACCAACGUUGUCUAAGCUGCCAUCCCCAAGAGAUUAUAUGGCCGGGCACACCCUUAGAGUGUCAUCCAUCAAACUGGGUGUCAGCACAAUGGGUGCACAAUAUAGGACACCCACCACCAUCAACAGACUCAAAAGUACCAAUAGAAUAUCGUUGCUUGAAAAUGGUAGCAACACCAGAUGAUAAAUCAUUUGGCAACACUGUGGACGUUAUUCGAGGCUGCGUACCACGUGCGCAAGUCGAUUCAGUCUGUCUCGCUCUAGAGGCAGUAGAGCGCGCCCGGGGCCAUAGUGAUGCGCGCUGCUUUAUUUGCAACAGGAAUAAUUGCAACUCAGCCGCGCGGAUAAAUCUCGAAAUAGCAACACCGGCCGCCAUUCUGAUUUUAUAUUAUGUUCUAAGGUGAA